UUAAGCGACCCCUCGGUCCCCUUUUUCUCCUCUCUCUCCUCAAUCUGACAAUGGCAGUAUCAGUGGAGGCGGGAACUGCCGUUAUCCUCACUCUCUCUCCUCCUCCUCUGACUGCCGCCAAUUUCCGCCGCCGAUUUCCUAAAUCUCUGAGACAAUCUUCGCUCUUUUCCGGCGUUUCUCUCACUAUUCGCUCUCCAAAUUUUCGCAAUAUCACUGUCUCUCAAAGGUCUAGCCAGGGGGAUUUUUAUGGAAGCAGCAAAGAUCUUAGUUUGACACCUACACCGGUGUUAACAUUUGCGAAAGGAUUGCUGAAAUUUGUGUUAUCUAACUUUCUACCGCUAGCUCUUGUUGGUGGAGUAGCACUUGGUUUCUACAGUCCUGCACUGGGUUGUCUAGCACACAAGUAUUCCUUAUCAAAAUAUAUCACCUGUUGGCUUUUCUUUUUAUCAGGACUGAAAUCACAGGAUGGUGAUCUUAAAGAAGUUGUUGAGGCCUGGCCUGCUUUUCUUUUUGGGCUUGCUUCCAUCCUGCUGGUGUGUCCUAUCUUCUCAAAGCUGAUUCUCAAAAUUCAAAUGGUACCUCAGGAGUUUAUUACAGGGUUGGCGAUUUUUAGCUGUAUGCCUACGACAUUGAAUGGAGGAGUAGCACUAACACAACUUGUAGGUGGGAAUUCUGCUUUGGCUCUUGCUCUGACAGUAAUAUCUGUUCUUUUAGGCAUUUUGACUGUGCCUCUCUGGAUCACGAAAUUCAUUGCUGAUGGAUUUGGUGUAACUAUCCCUACUUGGCAGCUGUUCCAAAAUCUUCUGCUUACUCUUAUAGUCCCUCUCGUUCUGGGAAAGGUUUUGCGGAACUUGUUUCCUGGUGUGGCAAGGUAUGUUGAACGGAAUGAGAAGUUUUUCUCGAUCACCACUUCGAUUGUCCUCGGUUUAUUUCCAUGGAUGCAAGUUGGUAAAUCACGGCAAUUACUCUUAAUGGUUAAGCCUGCAAUCUUUGUUUCUGCAGUUGUGAUUGGAAUAGUUGUGCAUCUGAGCUUUUUAGUUUUUAAUGCCACCUUGGUGAGAAGUUUAUCUGUUGGAUCAUCUUCCUGGAAAUCAGUAUUUCGGAAGGAAGAAAAUAGAAGGGCUUUGACGCUGGUUUGCAGCCAGAGAUCCUUGCUUAUGGCAACAGCUGUGGUGGAGCAGCUUGGAGGUGUGCUAGGUGAAACUGGCUUGUUGCUUCUGCCUUGUGUAGCAGCCGACGUGAACCAGCUGGAAUCAUCAUCAGAGACAGCAGUGGCAAUGUAAUUACGGCAGCUACCUUCAACCUUGGUACCACCCAAGUAUAUAUAGCCGAAGUCAUGGCUCUUCACAAAGGCGUUCUGGAAGCUUCAAAGCUUAACAUUAGGAAUCUCCAUAUAAAGGGAGACAAUCUCCUUGUCAUUAACACCAUCAAAGGUAUCUGGAAGACCCCUUGGAAAUUGCAGUAUAUCAUAGAAGACAUUAAGAACAUGUUUAAGGAUUUUGAUCAUUUCACAAUCAAACAUAUCUCCAGAGGGGCUAACAGGGCGGUAGACUGGAUUGCUAAUGUAGGUCACCUAGUUAUUGAUUCAAUGUAUAUUCAGCAUAGUAGUAGUCAGGCACUUUGUAAUAUCCUUCAGGAGGACAGUUUAGGAGUCUACCUCGAGCGGAGGGUCUCCUAACUGUUUGUAUUCUUUUUUCCUUACCAUUUAAAAAAAAAUAAAAAAAAUCUUGUCACA